AUGGAUUUCCAACAAAUUCAUCACUGGUUGGAUGCAACCGAAUUCAUCCUUGACGACGACGAGGACCGCAAGGCUAAGCGUCGCCGACUCAACCCCCCCGUUACCCCCCCAUCUUCUGAUACUCGUCCAAACAACGAAAUGGACUCACCCCCGCGCGGUGAUAACCCUUCUAGGUGGCCAUUCGACGGCCACAUACCAUGGAUCAAACGGCUGCAGACCAGCUUAUCGGGACGAAGCCGCCACUCCGUAUCCAGCGUCUCGGACAAGCCGCUGUCGCAGCGCUCUACGCGAACCCCAUCGCCGCAGAAGCAACUGCGUAAACUGCAGCUCAAUCCCCGCGGCCUCGACGUGCGGUGUCUGUCUGGAGUUGCGGGUAGCCGACCGCUCGCGCUACAGACGCUGCUCGAACACAUCGAAACGUUUGCUAUCGAUCAGGGCAUCGUAGCGAGGGACAUGGAGGAGGAGCUCACCAAGGCUGCAGCUUCCGAUGCCCGUUUCAAGUGGGCCCUCCGAGCCGGCGCUCCUCAUGUAUCGGACGAUGAAGGCUUGGCCGGCAGGACUCCAUCACCAGGCGCGGUGCGCAAGGUCAUGAAGGCGGCGCGGGAGUGCGAUGAGAAGCACCACCCGGAAGCAAACUGGAAUCUCGAGGUUCACCAGCGCAUCCUUGACAUGGCGUUUCGCCCAGCGGAGGAGGGAGAAACGGAAACUAGUAAUCUCAUCGACUUUAUGGGAUGCUCGACCGCUUCCAUAAUUGGAUAUUAUGGCACCCCGACGCUGUCGAAAAAGGUCGACUUCUGCGUGUACAUUGAGCCCAAGCAGGAUACCUCCGCCACUUUCGAGGCAGGAGCUACCUACGCGCGGAUGGCGAUGCCUCAAGAAAUCGUCAACUUUACUGAAUUUGCGCCCCUAUACGACCGCUUCAUCGCGUUGAGCAUCGAAACUAAGAAACCAAGCGAGAACUUUGAGGCGGCGCAGCUGCAGCUGGGUGUAUGGGGCAUGGCGCACUGGGAAUUUUUGCGACGGUUGGCGGAGCUACACGCCAAGGUGACAGGUAACAAAGCUGGGACACCUGUGACAACUGGUACAGCUGGUAAAAUACCAGAGUUCCUGCCUGGCAUCAUCGCUCAGGGUCAUAACUGGUCUCUUGUCAUCACAACCAUGGAAGGGGACCGGACGGUGCUGUGGCACAAGGUGGCGAUUGGGAGCACGGAGCAGCCGAGAGGCAUAUACCAGCUCGUUCGCUCGCUGCAGUACCUUGAGAAGUGGGCAAAGGAGGUGCACUGGCCGUGGCUGAAGGCGACGGUUGAGGGCAUCGCCGCGGGCCUGGAGGAUGUGACGGACCUUUAA